AUGUCCGAGCAGACGAACAAGCCUCAUCGCGCGGGCAAGGAGAAGAAGAAGCCGACGGGGGGGACAAACCCUAAGGCCUUCGCCUUCGCCAACCCGGGAAAGCUGCAGAAGCAGGCCGCACGCUCUCACGAUGUCAAAGAGAAGCGCCUUCAUGUUCCCAUGGUGGACCGCCUCCCUGAGGAGGCACCGCCUAUUAUCGUCGCAGUUGUCGGGCCCCCAGGAGUUGGCAAGUCGACCCUGAUCAAGUCUCUCAUCCGUCGCUACACGAAGCAAACGCUGUCGCAUCCCACCGGCCCUCUGACCGUCGUUACCUCCAAGCGCCGCCGUCUUACUUUCAUCGAAACCCCUGCAGAUUCUCUCGCCGCAAUGAUUGAUAUUGCCAAGGUUGUGGAUAUUGUGUUGCUUAUGAUCGAUGGAAACUACGGCUUCGAGAUGGAAACCAUGGAGUUUUUGAACGUGCUGAGCGCCACCGGCAUGCCUGGAAAUGUCUUCGGCAUCCUGACCCACUUGGAUCUGUUCAAGAAGCAGUCCGCGCUCAGCAUCCAGAAAAAGAGGUUGAAACACCGCUUCUGGAGCGAGCUGUACCAGGGCGCGAAGCUGUUCUACCUCUCUGGCGUGGUUAAUGGAAGAUACCCGGACCGCGAGGUUCUCAAUCUGUCGAGAUUUUUGUCCGUCAUGAAGAAUCCGAGACCGCUCGUGUGGAGGAACUCCCAUCCCUACUGCUUAGCCGACCGCUUCCUCGACAUCACCCCGCCGACCGACAUGGAGGAGGAUCCAAAGUGCGAUAGAACUGUCGCAUUAUACGGUUACCUGAGAGGCACGAACUUCCCAGCUCAAGGCGCCAGAGUACACGUGCCCGGUGUGGGGGACCUGAACGUGUCGAUGAUUGAGCCAUUGCCGGACCCAUGCCCUACGCCGUUCCAGGAGAAGGCUGCUGAGAAAGCUACCGGAAAGUCGAAGAGCAGGAGACUGGGCGAGAAGCAGAAGGUCCUCUUUGCUCCCAUGUCCGACGUUGGUGGUGUUUUGGUCGACAAAGAUGCCGUCUACAUUGAUGUCAAGAAACCAACAUUCAACAAGGAUCAAGAGGAUGAAGAGCGGGGGUUGGGCGAACAGCUUGUCGUCGGACUACAGGGUGAGAGAAGACUCCUAGGCGAAGCCGACAAGGGUCUCAAGCUCUUCAGCAAUGGCGAAGCGAUCAGCAAAAAUGCGGCAGAGGAUGAUUCGAACGACAAGGGGCGAACCAGUCAGCGCCACGCUCGUCUGGCGAGUAAAGUCGAGGAGGAGGACGAGUAUGGAAGUGAGGACGAAGAUGAUGAGGACGAGGAGAUGCUCGAAAGUGGCGAAGAGGAUGAAGAGGACGACACAGGAUAUCUGGAGGAAAGCCGGCUGGGCCGUGCGUUCCGCAACGAGGAUGAUAAAGCCGCGAAUGGGAAUGGCGAAGAUGACAUUGCGUUCGCUGAUAGCGAUUCAGACCUCGGAUCCAUCUCCUCUGUCGAAGACCAAGAACUCGAAGAUCCUGAUGAUCUUAGCGACGAGGACGAAGAGGAAGAAGAUUCCUCAGACGACGAAGGCGCUCUGAAGUGGAAGGAUAACCUUGCAGAGAAUGCACGGAAAGCCCAUGGCAGAAAACGACCUUACCGCACCACCGAGCUCGCGCGUUUAAUGUAUAAUGACACCAUGUCUCCCACAGAAGUGUUGAAGACAUGGCGAGGAGAGCAGCAAGAUGAAGAUGCCGAGGAGCAAGAUCCUGACGAGUUUUUCAAAGCUGUGAAGAACAACUCCGCCGCAGACAGCGAAGACCGUGCCAUUCCAGAGUACGACUACAAAGCUCUGGAAGAGAAGUGGACCGAUGAGGACAACUUGGAAGCUCUGAGGCGGAGAUUUGCAUCAACUCGACUUGGAAAAGACGGUGAUGAAGAUGAAGGUUCAGAUGACGAGUUCGAAGGUAUCGAAGACGACGAUGAGGGCGACGGCGCCUUCGAAGACCUCGAGACUGGAGAAGUCGUAGGUGGCAAGGACAGUGAAGAGGACGAGGAGGCUAAGAUGCAAGAGGAGCGUGACAAGAACGCGCGAAAGAAGGAAGAACUCAGACUCAGAUUCGAAGAGGAAGACCGCGCCGGCUUCGCCAACGACAAAACCAACGAGCGGGCAGAGGGCGGUGAAGACGAGGAAUUCGGCGAGGAUGACUGGUAUGAUGCGCAGAAGGCUGCUAUUCAGAAGCAACUGGACAUCAACCGCGCCGAGUUUGAGCAAUUGGACAACCAGUCACGAAACGUACCCUAUGAGUUCUCCGCCAACUUCAAUCCGCGCUUCCCAAUCAUCAUCGGUGGUCUUACGCCCACUGAGGACCGCUUCGGGUAUCUUCAGGUGCGCAUCAAGCGUCACCGUUGGCACAAGAAGAUCCUCAAGACGAACGAUCCUCUGAUUUUCUCUCUGGGUUGGAGAAGAUUCCAAAGUUUACCCGUCUACAGCAUCUCAGAUUCGCGAGUGCGCAACCGUAUGCUCAAAUACACCCCUGAGCACAUGCACUGCUUUGUUUUGAAUGUCGACGAGAGCUUCGAGAUUGUCAAGAAGCUCAAGCUUACUGGUCACCCUUACAAGAUUUUCAAGAACACGGCUUUCAUCAAAGACAUGUUCGGCUCGACGUUGGAAAUCGCAAAGUUCGAGGGAGCCAGCAUCAAGACUGUGUCUGGCAUUCGUGGUCAGAUCAAGAGGGCGCUCAGCAAGCCAGAGGGUUGCUUCCGUGCCACAUUCGAAGACAAAGUGCUCAUGAGCGACAUUGUCUUCCUUAGGGCGUGGUACCCUGUCAAGCCGCACAAGUUCUACAACGCAGUCACUAACCUGCUGGACCUCCCCGGCGCAGAGGAUGAGGGCAUCGAGACGCCAAAGGAGAAGAACUCGGCCUACCGCAAGAUUGAGCGUGCGGAACGUCACUUCAACCCUCUUAGAGUGCCGAAGAAGCUCGCUGCGGACCUGCCUUUCUCAUCACAGCCGGUGCGGAUGCAGAAGCAGAAGAAGGAAACGUACAUGCAGAAGCGUGCCGUUGUGGCUGGCAAGGAGGAGAGGGUUGCCAGGAACCUCAUGCAGCAGGUCAUGACAUUGCGGAACGAGAAGGUGGCGAAGCGGAGAGAGGCGCAGGAGAAGAGAAAGGAAGGCUACCGGAGGAAGGUGGCUGAGAACCAGGAGAAGAGGGCCGAGCGCGAGAAGCGCGAGAAGGCAGAGUUUUGGCAGAAAGAAGGACGCAAGAGAAAGGCACAAGAGGCGGCGGCCAACCGUGGCGGGAAGAGAAGAAACACGCGUUACGACUGCAUUCUCGAGUUCUCGUCGCUUUUGCCCGGAUUUUUGACUGCGCUGCGUGGGAAGACCGCCCGCUCGCACCCCGGUCUCGUGCUCCCGUCUCUCGUCAACACGCGUCAGGCGGGUCAGCUGGGAUCAGCGACAACGCCGCAAGCCCCAAGCAUUGUGUCAUCCGCCAUCGACAGGAGCUGCGCAAAGACGUCCCAGGAUCGCGUCUCCGGAGCCUCUUCAUACUGCGCCCGCCCGCCGCCGACCGCCAUGGAGACAUUGGCAUCUGUCGCGCCUGACGCGGCCAUUUCGCCGAUCGCGUCUCCGGAUAUCCAUACUGCGCCCGACCGCCGAGCACGAGCUCACCCCGCCGUCCACACGAGCCAUCGCGAUGCCGAUCGCAAGCCCAUAAACGCGACUAUCACCACCGCCGACGUGAACGUGCUGCCCGCGUCACAGGAGUCUAACGUCUCCGCCUCCAGCAGCGCCAGCUACGCACCAGCUCUGCUCUCCUCCCAGAGCAAUGUCUCCACCGAAUCAGUCGUCGACACGGAGUUGACCUCGCCUGCGACCUCGAAUGUCUCCAGCCAGUGCCAACCCUUCAACCAGGCAGCCCCGGCCCCCGCCAAUCAGGAGGAUGUCCGGCCACCACCCAGAGCAGUCACCCCUCAGCCAGCACCGAAUAUGAGCGAAAAGCCUCAGAAUACAUCCUCCGCGAGCCCCAUGACUGUCGACACCCCUACAAUAUCACAAGGAACGAAACGAACAGCAAGCGGCGCGGUGAAACUCCCCAGCAGCAGUGCCGGCCUGACUGCCACGGGGCUCUGCACCAGCGAGAACCCCGUGAGCACCAACGCGUUAGCAAGCUUGAGCAGGAUAGGAAAGCUGUCAGCGGACUUGAAGACGCGUCUUUCCUAUGCCAUGAUCAAGGUGCAGAACGGGUGGGAGCAAAAGUCUAUUGAUGAGCUGGAGACGGCGACCACGUCACAGAGGACGUCGCGGUCGGCCACUCAGACACCUACCUCGGCAAAGUUCAGGAAUGCGACAGACUCUCCCCAUGCGUAUGAUCGACGCAGACGCCCAAGCGCACUGUCUGACCCGUCAGAUCGGUAUCUGGGAACACCAGGCGCGCAACGGAGCCCAUCAAAGAUCCGGACGUUUGGUCCAACUGACUUUGGCCGUGUGGAUCCAACUGAUGAGGAUGCACGACCCUCCACGGCUUCCACCUUCAGCAGCUCCGCAUCGUCAGCUCCGACCUUGGCGCCAGCAUUAGACAUCAGUCCCAAGCGACAUCGCCGCUCGACAUCGACUCGUGCUCCACCCAUGCUCGGGUCUCAGCCCAAAGUGCAGAUCACGAAACCUUUCACCGACGUCGGUGCACCAGCAACGCCUAUGCCCGGCAAGCCUCAGCGGCCGGUGGGCAUCCUCCGCAUGCCCAGCCAGCAGGCGGAGAUGGACGCCGUCGAUUCGUUGCUUUUCAUGAGCAGUCCCAACAACUCAGCCCAUCUCGCGCACACCAGCGCGAGUGCAACCUCGACGGCACACCCCAGCCCGCUCAAGACGGAGUUCCCGGCUGCGAAGAGAGUUGCGUUCGACGAUCGGAGUAGCAGCAGCAACAGCAGCGAGACGGAGCGCGAGAUGAGCUCGGGCCGAGCGCGAGUCGUGCAGGCGGCGAGUUCGGAGGCACGAGAGCGGGUCGUGGCGCUUGGCGGGCAAGCCUAG